UGUAGUUUGUUUGUGUCGCGACGCGUAGAUGGAGUGUUUGAAUACGCUCCGUUGUUCUCGGCAAACGUGUGAUAUAACUUACUCCUUUCGAAAGGAUUACCGCGUUUUAUUGUGAUUGAGGACUAUGACUCUGUGUCCGCUCAUAAAACGGCACUUAUAAAGCGGAGUUCACGUUUGUUUACGGAGUUUACGGACGCCGUUUGUUUGGAUGUUUGUGGCGCAAAAGUUUGUCGAGUCCAGAAGUAAAUAACGCGGUUUGGAGACACAUUUGGCGCUUGAGCAGAAGAUAAAGAUAUCUGAGCAUAAUAUAUGAGUAAAUCUAAGCCUGUCUCACCAAAAGGCUCUUUUAAAUCAGUUUUGAGUGUGAAAGUAAUGGAAACCUGGAAUCUGUCCUAACUAUUAAGUCCGGAUCAGGAAGGAUCAUGACCUCCGACCUCCGGCCCCUCAGCAACGGCGGAUCCGCCACAGGUUUCCCCGCCGCUAAUGUCAGUGAAGACCAGGACCGGGACCAGGGAGUGUCCACGCAUCCCGAUGACCAGACCCGGUCGAGCCAGAACGGCGGACUCAAAGCCAACGGAAGCGCACUUCCGUCUUCGCCGAGCUCCUCGUCGCAUGAUUCUCCGAGGUUGGCCGUUCUGUUGCCCAACUCCCUGCCUCCGGCGUGUUGCGUGUACUGCUCGCCUCGGCCUGCCGUGUGCUGUAACGGGACCCCGCAGGACCUCGCGCUCUUCCAGAGUGCCCACAUGGGCUCCUGCUGUGUUCAGGGCGUGCGCUGUUUCUGCAUGCAGCAUCACUGGCAGGAGCAUCUCCAAAACCAGCCCAACAUGCCCACGCUGAGCCCUCCGAGGCCUUUUCGUUUUCCCAAAAGUUAUGCAGAGCUCAUUGCUGAUUGGCCGGUGGUGGUGUUGGGGGUGUGUACCGUUCUCAUCGUGGUGUGUGCUCUGGUCGGGAUUCUCGUGCCUGACCUGCCUGACUUCUCAAAUCCACUGCAGGGAUUUGAACCGAGGGGCACUGCAAUAGGCCAGCGACUUGUAACAUGGAACAACAUGGUGAAAAACACGGGAUACAAGGCGACGCUGGCCAACUACCCCUUCAAAUACGCAGAUGAGCAGGCCAAAAGUCACCAAGAUGACAGGUGGCCCAAGGAUCACUAUGAUAGAAAAAAAAGACAAGCGGAGUGGGAUUUCAGUAAAGACAGUUUCUUCUGUGAUGUACCAGGUGACAGCUAUUCCCGAAUCGUAUUUGCCUCUGCAGAGGGAAAGAACUUGUGGAAUAUACAGGCAAUAAAGUCCAUGUGCAAUUUUGACAAUACACGGGUUCGCUCCCAUCCCCAGUACUUGGAUCUGUGUCAGCGCACAACUGCUGCCUCCUGCUGUCCCAGCUGGACUCUUGGGAACUACAUAGCCGUGCUUACCAACAAAUCCUCCUGCCAAAUGAUUACUGAGCGAGAUGUUUCCCACACCCUAAAAAUCCUGCGCUCCUGUGCAAAGUAUUACCACAACGGCACCCUUGGUCCUGAGUGUUGGGACAUGACCACCCGUAAGAAGGACCUCAAGUGUGGCAACGUGCCGCGAAAGUGUACAAAAUACAACGCCGUCUAUCAGAUGUUUCACUUUUUGGUGGAUAAAGACUUUCUGAACCCAAAGAACACCGAAUACCUUCCACCUAACCUCAAGUAUAGCAUGCUCUUCGCUCCCACGGAGAAAGGAGAAACGAUGAUGAACAUUUACUUGGACAACUUUGAGAACUGGAACUCCUCGGAUGGGAUCACGACCAUCACAGGAAUCGAAUUUGGCAUUAAACACAACUUGUUUCAGGACUACCUGCUAACAGAUACCAUGUAUCCCGCAAUAGCCAUUGUGAUUGUGCUGGUGGUUAUGUGCGUCUACACAAAAUCAAUGUUCAUCACCCUCAUGACCAUGUUUGCCAUCAUUAGUUCUCUGAUUGUCUCGUAUUUCUUAUACCGUGUGGUCUUCAACUUUGACUUCUUCCCCUUCAUGAACCUCACCGCGCUCAUCAUAUUGGUGGGAAUUGGUGCAGACGAUGCCUUCGUCCUCUGUGACGUCUGGAACUACACAAAGUUUGACAAACCCAAUUCUGAGCUCUCUGAAGCGGUUGGCGUCACGCUUCAACACGCGGCACUCUCAAUGUUUGUCACCAGUUUCACCACAGCCGCUGCCUUUUACGCCAAUUACGUGAGCAACAUCACUGCGAUCAGAUGUUUCGGUGUAUACGCUGGUACUGCCAUCCUGGUGAACUAUAUACUGAUGGUCACCUGGUUGCCAGCUGUGGUGGUCCUACACGAGCGCUACCUGGUCAAUGUCUUUACAUGCUCUCGGUCACAACACCGCCAGACGUUUUGGACAGGCCUUUGCCAAAUGGUCAACAAGUGUCUUUUUAGCAUCUCUGAGGCCUCGCGGAUUUUCUUUGAGAAGGUUUUGCCUUGCAUCGUGAUCAAGUUGCGCUACUUGUGGCUCUUGUGGUUCCUGGGUUUGACGGUGGGCGGCGCCUACGUUGUUUGCGUGAAUCCCAAGAUGAAACUGCCUUCCCUGGAGCUGUCGGAGUUCCAGGUGUUUCGUUCCUCCCAUCCCUUUGAACGCUACGAUGCGGAGUACAAAAAACUCUUUAUGUUUGAACGGGUCAACCAUGGGGAAGACCUACACAUGCCGAUCACCAUAAUUUGGGGUGUUACUCCAGUUGACAGUGGAGAUCCCCUGAACCCCAAAAACAAGGGUAAACUAACUCUUGACACAACCUUCAAUAUUGCGAGUCCUGGAAGUCAGGUUUGGAUUCUCAAUUUCUGCCAGAAGCUCAGGAACCAAAGCUUUGUGUUCCAGUCGGAGGAGCAAGACUUCACCAGCUGUUUCAUGGAGACUUUCAAGCAGUGGAUGGAAAACCAAGACUGUGAGGAAGCAUCCGUCUAUCCCUGCUGUAGCCAGUCCACGUUCCCUUACCGGCAAGACGUCUUUGAGUUGUGCAUCAAACGAGCCAUCAUGGAGCUUGACCGAAGCACCAUCUACCACCUCGACAGCAAGACCCCAGGCCCAAGGUUUGACAUCAAUGACACCAUUCGAGCAAUUGUCCUCGAGUUUCAAAGCACCUACCAUUUCACUCUGGCGUACGAGAAGAUGCAUCAGUUUUACAGAGAGGUUGAUGCUUGGAUUGAAGAGGAGCUGAGGGAUGCUCCUGAGGGACUGAACUACGGAUGGUUUGUGAGCAACUUGGAGUUCUACGACCUACAGGACAGCCUUUCGGAUGGCACUCUCAUCGCUAUGGCGUUAUCGGUGGUGGUGGCCUUCAGUGUUAUGCUCCUGACCACCUGGAAUAUCAUCAUCAGCCUCUACGCCAUCAUAUCCAUCGCAGGAACCAUAUUUGUAACAGUUGGGUCGUUGGUGCUCUUGGGUUGGGAACUAAACGUGCUUGAAUCAGUGACGAUCUCAGUUGCUGUUGGUCUCUCGGUGGACUUUGCUGUUCAUUACGGCGUGGCAUACCGUCUUGCCCCGGAACCAGACAGGGAAGGAAAGGUGAUUUUCUCCUUGAGCAGAAUGGGCUCGGCUAUAGCUAUGGCGGCACUCACGACAUUUGUAGCCGGUGCAAUGAUGAUGCCAUCCACAGUUCUGGCCUACACCCAACUGGGCACGUUUUUGAUGCUAAUCAUGUGCAUUAGUUGGGCCUUUGCUACGUUUUUCUUUCAAUGCAUGUGUCGCUGCCUUGGUCCUCAGGGCACCUGUGGACAGAUUCCUUUGCCAAAGAAACUCCAGUGCUACUCCUUCACGGAGCACACGCCUGAAAGCCAGUCUAAUCCAAGCCAAGGUAAACUUGGUGCUUGCUACACGACCAAGUACCAAAUAGAUAACUCACGAAGUGAGGGUCGACAUGAACACUACGAGCUUGAGCCCUUGGCGCUGAAUGUCAGAAAUGAGGAAAAGGCUUCCGACGAGGAGCAGGAAGCAUGUACGCAGUUGCACAAUGGCAUCACUUCUCAUCACUCACCAAAAAGCAAUACCGACUCAAGAGAACCCAAUCCUGAGCUUGAAAAUGUCUCUGAACUUUCUCAGUAUGCUUACAGUACAAGGUGCACCUGUGAGAACUCAAUGCAUCAAUAUAUGGAGCGACAGAGGACUCCUUAUCAUCCUUGCAGCCAGUCCCGAGAGACCCAAUGCUCCGCUAAUCAGACCAAUCGCUUACCUGUGGGUCAGAACUUUCAGUCCUCAUGGGAUACGACGCACGCUCCCACUAAUUGUGGCCACUUUUGCUCUCAGAGCCAAACAUCAAGACCAGUCCCUCACAGAUGUUUCCCUGGAGGCUACAGCAUGCAAACAGUCCAUCUUUUGCAUCAGGCACUGUUGUCCGAUACUGCCGUGCACGACGAGUCUCACAUCAGUGCAUGUGGCCCCAAUUCGCCUCUACCAGAGAACCAGAACUUUCCAGCUCACAUUCACUUUCCAGAUGUUCAGCGAUGCUCUUUGCCCGACACAACUGUUAAUCAUGAUACUCAGAAGACAGGAGACCUAGGAUUAAAUUCCCAGACCCCAUUGAACCAUGUAAAAACAAAAGUAAAUGGCACUUGUGUUUUAAUACAGGACAGUCGUGAGAUUCGCGAAGCGAUUCCAGUGGUACCGGAAGAAAGUGUCAAAUUCAAUCAAGGUAACGAAGACAAUAAUAAAAGGGCAGAGCCUUUCUCUCCCAAAAGAAACUGUUUUAAAAAGACUGUAAAAGUGAAGUGCAAUUCUGCAGAGUUUCACAAGCCAAAAACCAGCGUGCCUACUAUUGCCAUUAAUUCGAAAGAGUCCGAGAGUUUAUGCUAACGUGUAAAGACUGCGAUAUCAAAGCAUAUUGCUAAGAUUUAGCACAGAAAAGCAACUAGGAGAGCGUUCCUUGUGAAUGCUGACACGACGUUCAAGGAAAACAUUUAUAUUUGAGAACAAGUCUUAUUUAAGAAGACACUAUUUUAACCCACUGGCUGGUUUUUGUGUGACCUCUCAUAUUUUUUUAAUAUCUGGCUACAGGCCAUCACUUUUUCAUGAGAUCAAAAAAAAAACUUAUUCAGAAUUUAUUUUCCUGCACAUUUCAUAUGAACUUGUAUAUAUAUAUUUUGUGUGUGUUGUGUAUGUAUUUGAGUCAUGCACUUUUUUUUUGUUGUUGAUUUGAUUGUUUCGCCUGUAAAGUAAACUUCAGUAGCUUAUGUGCUGGUGAAUUGAAAGAGUGAUUGUGCUUUCUUUCAAAUUUGUCGUUUCUUCCUAGUUUAUUCGAUAAAAAUGCCCCCUUCAGCAGUGUGCAAACAUUUACAUUAGCCUCAGGACUUCAGGAUAAUUUAGUCAGGUUAUGACUUUACACUGAAGAAUGUUUUGUGAAAUAUACUAAGUGUGAAUUUAA